AUGGACCCCAGCAAAAGCAACGACACUCCAAAAGGCGCCCCACCCUCACCCAGACGCACCCCCCACCCCACCCCCACACCACCUCCUAGGAGCACCAACAAAACGAAAGGGUGCUCCCGCAAGAACCCUGUCGCGACCCGAAACAAGAACACUUACAUCGACACGGACAUGGGUACCGAUACAGAAAGCAUCACAGUCAUCCUCGCCGUCAAGAAAGCUGACAUGAAGAGACUCAGCAGCGGUAACAGGCCCUCCUUAACUCCCGGCAAAGCACGCAAGAGAAACGCCGACGUUGUCGACCAGGACCCUCUUUUUUCUACAAAGCGCCAACGAAAAACACAAGCGUUGAGUCUGAACAAAGACGCGUCCAGAACAACGACCCCAGUCGAAGGUGGCGUCGCCUAUACGAUUCCUGUCCUGGUCGUCACCAAGAAGCAAAACGACGUCCCUGAAACGGCAAUUCAGUCGUACAAGGAGGGACCAGACGAGGAUAUGGAUCUCGACGAGGACAAAGAAAGUACCGCCGCAUCCUCCUUUGAACUGUCAACUGGCGUCAACGGAUCCGACGCGACUCCUGAAGGAGAUGGGCUCGAUUCCGAGCUCCGCCAGUGGUCCGAGGAAGUCCAUGUCAAGAUUGCCAUCAUAGCUGAGGAACCGGCUAUUCCAGUUGACGAGGCUACGGCCUUAACAAAAUCCAGCAAGCCUCCUCCCCGACAUAACCCCAUUAAAGUCAAGCCCAGCGAUCCCAUCGUUAAACCAACCAAACCCGCCAAGCCACGCGUUACCACUGCCACGUCAACAAUGACCGCAGAACCUAUAGUUACCGUCACCGGCGCCAUGACAGCAGUUGAAUCCUUGGAUAUUACCACCCAAGGAACUGCUAAAGAUGUCGAUGUCUACGGCUCAACCUCGAAUCCAAUCAUCAUCGUCGUCUACGGUUCUGCCUCCAAUCCAAUUACGGUCGACAACAUUCUCACCACCGAAUUAAUAACUACAGACGAACAUACCCAAGAGAGAAACCCCUGUCCUAACAGCACUCGACAAGAAUACCUGCCUUAG